UAGUAAAAACGUUGCAUAAAGAAAACUUUGAUUAAAUGUUACAACGAAGCAGAAUGUUAACUUGGUCGGUCCUCCAUAGAAUGAGACUGACCAUGAAGAUGACCCAACACAGUUGUAUAUCAUCUACAUCUAAACUGAUUACAGAGAUGUAUGGUGGUCAUAUCCCUGUCAUGGUGGACACAGUAGUUGAUGUUCUUGACCCCAAAGAUUCAAAUAUAUAUGUUGAUAUGACAUUUGGAGCUGGAGGUCAUUCAAAAGCAAUUUUACAAAGAGCACCGGAAGCAAGAAUUGUUUGUCUUGACCAGGAUCCAAAAGCACACGAGUCAGCUUUAGCUUUGUCCAAAAUUUACAACCCAGGACAAAUCAUGCCUUGCAUUGGAACGUUUUCCAGCCUACCAAAGAUAUUGGCAGACCUAAACAUAGAAGCAGAAUCUGUAGAUGGAUUCCUAUUUGAUGUUGGUGCUUCCUCUAUGCAGUUUGACACACCAGAGAGAGGCUUCAGUCUGUCUAAAGAUGGAAGCUUAGAUAUGAGAAUGGAUCAGGGCAGAGAGAAUACUGUGUCAGCCAUGGAUGUAGUGAAUAACUUAGAAGAAAGAGACCUAACAGAAAUAUUGAGAAAGUAUGGAGAUGAGAAAAAAGCAAAACAAAUAGCUAGAGCACUGGUUGAGUGGAGAUACAUGUUUGGUAAAAUCAGAAAAACAAAACAACUUGUGGACAUUAUUGAAUCAGUUUUCGGAGAGCAAUACCACAAGGACAAAUUAAAUAGAAGGGCCUCUGUAGCUACAAGAUCUUUUCAAGCUUUGAGGAUCUUUGUUAAUAAUGAGCUGAAUGAACUACACAAUGGACUCGUAGCAGCACAUCAUUUCCUUAAACCAGAAGGGAAGUGUCUUGCAUUAACAUUUCAUAGCUUGGAAGAUCGGAUUGUUAAACGUCAUUUUCAUGGAAUUGACAUUGACGAGAAACUUAACAUGUCUUUACGAGAUAAAUCCAGAUUAAGUGACAAAUUUAGAAAAUUCAAUGAUGCCUAUGAUGUAGAUAGUUUGAACAUAAUGUUAAAUGAUAAGAAAUGGUCUCCAAUUUCUAAGAAAAUUAUGCAUCCUAAUGAGGAAGAGUGCAAGGAGAAUCCCAGAGCUAGAUCAGCUAAACUUAGAGCUGCCAGAAAAUUAUAACAUCUUUUGUAAUCAUCAACAAUAAAAUA